CUGGUGACUUAGGGCGAAUACACUCUCUAUCGAUUAGGGCAGGACAAAACAACUACACGGUCUUCCUCCUUCCUGAGAGCUGGCCGGAAGAGUUCUUCUCAGCUCCCUACGAUUCUCAGGUUCCUCUACAAAGGGAGAUAGACUGUCCUGCGUGUGCUGAAAUUUCAAGGUGUUUGUGUUAUUUCUUAAGGUGCAAGAGUGGUGCUUUGGUUUAUCUUUCUUUGCCAAUAAUUAGUGAUUGAGGAUGCUAAAAAAAAUCUUUGGGUGUAAUCUCUCACUCUCUGUUUAUGCAUAACAAAGAAUCAACCCCCAGAGUUUUGAAGUUGUUCUCUUUGAGGUGAGGAUGCCGAUAGAUAAGAGUUGGAUAUAUAUAAAGAAUCGAUUAUCGGAAGAGUAUUGGAAGGGUUUACAAGGUUUUAUAAACUAUGCAAAAGACUUUGUGAAUAAAGAAGGAAAUAUAAGUUGUCCUUGUAAACGUGCACGUCCAGAAGGGUCCAUUGCUGAAGCUUACAUUGCAAAUGAAGCAUUGUCAUUUUGCUCAAUGUAUUUGAGUGACAUUGAGACGAGAUUCAACAGAUUAGAGAGGAAUUGGGUUGAAAGUGAUGUUAGCACGGCAGGAAGUUUAUCUAUCUUUCAAUCUCGCACCCGUCCUAUCGGAAAAAUGUCUCUAAUAACUCUGGACUAUGCUAUGCGAAAUAGAGCAGAGUGGUACAUUUUGCAGAAUUGCCCAGAAGUCCAACAGUAUAUUGAUGAGCACAAAGAGGUGAUUAGUUUGCGGAACACCAUCUGUUCUUUGGAUGAAAUUCAACUUAAGGAGUUUCCAGAAUGGUUUCAAAGGAAGAUCUUUUCCCUCCAAGAGUGUUCAACGCCGGAAGUGAACAAACAAUUGGUUUCACUUGCUUUUCGUUCUAGUCCGACGUUCAAAAGUUAUCCUGGAUGUAUAGUUAAUGGAGUAAAGUUUUUGACUCACCGUCGGGAUAUGAACCGAUCAACUCAAAAUAGUGGAAUAUCUGUGAAGGGGUUAGAUGAUGAAGUGUUUUACGGACAAUUAGAGGACAUUUACGAAUUGAGUUACGGAGGUAACAAUUCUGUUGUUCUUUUCAAAUGUAAGUGGUACAACACAAGCUUAGACCGGCGAGGGAAAAGAAAGGGAACGAAAGAGUACAAGAAUAAGAUGAGCAUAUGCAUCAAGGAUUUUUGGUAUGAAAAUGAGCCUUUUAUUCUUGCAUCUCAAGCAGAGCAAGUGUUUUAUGUUGAGGACCUUUACAAUGGCCCACAAUGGAGAGUUGUUGAACAUUUUGGGCAUAGACACAUUUGGGACCUUCCCCCGGAUCAAGAAGAUAAUAUGUGUAUUGUCCAAGAUGUUGAGUCUUCGGGUAUUGAUUUGGAUGUUGAAGUACCAGACUUAGACUCUAUGUUAUGGAAUGACACAAAUGUUUCACCAAAUGUCGCUUCACCUGAUGUGAUUACUCUAUAUGAGAAUCUUCAAGGUGGUUAUACUAUCAACGAAGAAGAUGAGUAUGAUGAAGAUGGUGAAAGUGAGUUUUUAAGUUAUGGUAGUGGUAAUGAAUACGAUGAUGAUGAUGGCAAUGCUGAUGAUGAUGUUGAUGAUGAUGAUGAUGAUGAUGAUGAUGAUGAUGAGAUCCUCAAAUAUAUUAGUAGUGACGAUG